UUUCGAGAUGAAUUAUACUGAGUCCAGCCCAUUGGCAGAAUCAACUGCAAUAGCUUUUACACCUGAGUUAGAGAGCAUCAUACCUGUGCCUUCCAAUGAGACCACUUGUGAAAACUGGAGAGAGAUACAUCAUCUAGUUUUUCAUGUAGCAAAUAUUUUUUUUGCAAUUGGGUUGAUUAUUCCAACUAGUCUUCACCUUCAUAUGAUACUUCUUAGGGGGAUGUUUACUAUAGGAUGUACCCUUUACAUCGUCUGGGCCACUCUCUACCGAUGUGCCUUGGAUGUCAUGAUCUGGAACUCUGUGUUCCUGGGUGUCAACGUUUUGCAUCUUUUAUAUCUUUUGUACAAGAAAAGACCGGUGAAGAUUGAAAAGGAACUCAAUGGCAUCUACCGGCGGUUGUUUGAACCGCUCCGUGUGCCUCCAGAUUUGUUCAGAAGAUUGACUGGACAGUUCUGCAUGAUCCAAACCUUGCAAAAGGGCCAGACUUAUGCUGCAGAGGAUAAAACCUCAGUUGACGACCGUCUGAGUAUUCUCUUGAAGGGAAAAAUGAAGGUUUCCUAUCGAGGACAUUUUCUGCAUAACAUUUACCCCUGUGCCUUCAUAGAUUCUCCUGAAUUUAGAUCAACUCAGAUGCACAAAGGUGAAAAAUUCCAGGUCACCAUUAUUGCAGAUGAUAACUGCAGAUUUUUAUGCUGGUCAAGAGAAAGAUUAACUUACUUUCUGGAAUCAGAACCUUUCCUGUAUGAAAUAUUUAGAUAUCUUAUAGGAAAAGACAUUACAAAUAAGCUGUAUUCAUUGAAUGAUCCCACUUUAAAUGAUAAAAAGGCCAAAAAGUUGGAACACCAGCUCAGCCUUUGCACACAGAUCUCCAUGCUGGAAAUGAGGAACAGCAUAGCCAGCUCCAGUGACAGUGAGGACGGCUUACACCAGUUUCUUCGGAGCACCUCCAGUGUGUCCUCUCUUCAUGUGUCGUCCCCACACCAGCGAGCCUCUGCCAAGAUGAAGCCAAUAGAAGAAGGGGUGGAAGAUGACGACGAGGUCUUCGAACCUGUGUCUCCAAAUACAUUUAAAGUCCAUCAGUUGCCUUGAUCAGAGAGAGGAGUCAAGUUACCAAGAUGGAAAUUGUCUUGAAAAGAUCCUGAAAAAUACCAGCACUUUUUCACAGCUUUUCAGUUAUUCUGUUUUAGUACAUCCAGACUGGUAGAGUCCGAGGGCAGGAAAGUGAGGAAGAUUAAACAAUGGGAAGGGUAUUUUAGCUCUCCUGUUUAUUGGUCAGCUUUUCAAGUAAUUGUUUUACUGAGCCUUCUGACUAAACCUAGUUCUAUUUUGAGAUAUAUUUUUUCACAGAGUUUUCUAGAUAUAUUAUCAUUUUAAAUUUAAAAACUCUUAGUGCUCUGUCACUGCAAAUGCUUUCACUUAUUUUUCCGAGUUGUGGUUCAUUUUCCUCACAGACAAUUUUUUCUCCACCGCGGCAAUGGCGUUGUCCUUUUGAUAGUUUUAACAAACAGUGUAAGUUUGAAAUUGAGCUUGAGGUAACAUUAAAAAGCAGGGAAUCUCAGGCUUUCUUCAGUUGAUUUUUUGGAUGGAAAAUUUUAAAGAAAGAUGUGAUUUGGCUGGAGUAUAUUUUUCUCCCAGACACGUCAAUUACUCCACUAGAUCACCUUACUUAGUUGGGCAUUGUGUAGAUAGCUUGAUGACAAACAAAACUCAUCAGACUUUGCUCACAUUACCCUUAUAUUAUGCUGAUUUAUAAACUGGCUGGAAAGCUAACAGAUGGAAGUAGUUCUGAGCUCAGUGUUGACCUUCAGCAUUCGACUGACUUACCUGUGAUUUGGAGCCAUCUUGUCCCACACACUCUGGUGUGAGCAACACUUUACUUGGGGUAGGGAGGACGGGAGAGUCAAGUGGCCAAGCAAGUGUCACAGGAUGACGUGACUAACCGAGCAGCUUCAUUCUUCCGUUGGUGUUCUGAAGUUUCAGAUUGUUCCCCCAGAGCCAUAGAUGUCUCUUUAAAAUGUGUGCCAGAGCUGCGAGUGUGGACACAGCUGUGGGGACAGACAGUUCACCACAGGCCGUGCCAUGGGCACCCAACCUAGAUAUUGCUCUGACGGCCUUGGUUCCAGAUCUCCCUUUUCUACUAGAAUCAUGUUUCAGGCAACAGUCGUAUUUGGGAAGUGAGAAGGUUGCUUAAAUCAUCCGUCUCUCUGGUCAGUGUGACUGUGGCACUCAACUGGGUGAAGCCCAUUGAUUGGCUGUGCUAUAUCAUCCCCCAUUGAUGUUUAUUUUGUUUCAUCCUCUAGAACCAACUUUGAGUUAGUCCCCUGUUAUAUUAAAUAGCUAAGAACAGUUCCAAAGGAAAUUAUUUUCAGGUGAGCUGAGCCAAAAGCAGCAUCUCUUGCGCCAAGAGGUGAUUUCUGUUAGAGAAGGUAAAUAAGCUACUCUAGGAUUACCUCAUUUUCUUAAAUCCAUUUUUGAGCUAAUAAUUUUAGUAAUUUCACUUGAGUUAAAUUAACAGAGACUGGGAGUCCAGCUCUUAACAUCUUUAUCAAAUGUUGGCUUAUUAACAUCACAGUAGAAAGACUGAUUUCACUUCACUACGGUAGUGGUCUCUUCAGUUUGCUCAAUUAGAAAUUUAUUUUGGGGAAAUGAAGCAUAGGUGAAUGACUUAGCCUUGGCUUUAAGAUUAUGGAGAUGUAUUAGGUUGAACUCUCUCUGUGCCUGAGAUCACGUGUGUCACAAUAAUGUGAUGGUGUUAAUACUGCUGUCCUCUAACUAUUGGAGUAGAGUCAUGUAGACCAUUUGGUUUACACAUGCAGAAGACUAAUUUACGAAAUCACUCUAUAGAGUAAUUAGAUAUUACAUCCUUCCCUAAGUAGAAAGUAAUUUUAGAUGCUGCUGAGGCCAUGUUUUUAAUGUUCUAUGGAUCCACAGAACCUUGGGGUUUCCCUCCCCUGACCCAUCUUCAGGUUUGUCUCACUUUGUCAGCCUCAGACAGCAGAGAGGGUCAUCUCUAAUGAUCAGCCUGGGUGUGUUUGGAGGUUAUUUUCUUUCGGAUUGGGAACAAACAUUUUUACAAGCACACUGCUAAAACUAGGUGAUAUAAAAUCAUUUAUGGUUUUUAUUAAAAUAUGUGUGUGUGCGUUCGUGCACGUGUGCAUCAGUGUCAUUGAUAACAAAGAUUGUAAUCUCAAGAUUAGGAAUCUUAAAAGAGCCACUUAGCCUGAAUAGGAAACAUGAAACUAUUUUUAAAUACACACCUCUAAGGAAGACAACGAGACUCAGAGAAAAGGAGCCACAAGCCGUUGAGUAGCCCCCCCACAUAGACUUGAUAACAAAGAAGCAGAUAGGAAAACAGAAAAGAGGUUUAAGUGUAAGAUCUCCUAUGGAUGACUUUGACUUUAAAUUCACUUAUGCAAAUGAAGAAGUGUAUCUUUGUAUAAGGCAUAAAUACGUAGACAAAAUACAUGUUUGCUGCCAAAGCUGCCAAUAAGAAGCUUCCUGUGUUUUUGGCAUUAACUUAGCUAUGUGACCAAGCUCUAGGAAAUGGUCUGCAAAAAUUAUUCUAUAUAUAACUCCAAAUCUUCUAGGUUCAAAUGUAACAUCAAGUCUGUUGUAUGAAUCUAGAGUAUAACAUUUAUACCAGAGUGUAUACAUGUCAUUUGUAAUAUUUUGAAAGUGCUUAUAAAUAUUUAUAUUUAUAAAAUAAUAGACAACACAGACACUACGUAGAUCCUCAAUGAUGUUUAUAUAUUUUAAAUUAGCAAUAAUGGGUGCUAUACCAUUAUUUUUCAGUUACCAUCCUUGGCUUUCUGGGCUCUUCUCUGUUUCUCCCUGUGCUUCAGUGUCACUUGAAUUCCUUGGAUACCUCUUUGCUUUGCUGCCAACAGUGUGCGCACUAGGAGACGUCACCUUCUUCUUGUCUGGUUCUCUUUCCACGUGUCUGAAGCUUUUCUGAUUUUAUAACUUGGAGCUGCCAAUUCCUGCCUCCCAGGUCCCAUCAUGGCCCCAAAGACAAAGUCCCUCGGAUGCUGGAAAAAUCUUUGGGGGAAGUUGAUGUAAUCUACACAUUCUGCCCUGUCCCCAGCACACCCAGGUAAUGACUCCGCCCUCCAGUGAAGAUUUUCAUGCUGUGUGCGUUGGUGCCCAGCCGAGCACCUGGCAUGUAGGUCCAUCCCGACCUGCAGGGCUCGGUGCCCUCCUCCCUGCAGACUCCAGGGUGCAGCUCCAAGGAUUCACUGUUAUUUUUUUUUUUCAUCCAUUUCCU